CCCUCCCCUGCCUCUCUAGCAUCAGCACCUCCGAACAAGGCGACCCGCGGCUGGAAAAGGAUGCUCUACACCAGCUCGAGGAGACAUAACGAUGAGACGACUAACCGAGAGACGCUCGAGCGGCUGGGUAUAGUCACUGUUUUCUGCACGUUUAUGCUGCCUCGCUGCCUCCAUUCAUGAUGCACCAUUAAUGCAUCCCCAAGAAUGGAAGCACAUCGCGAGGAAAACGUUAAAAUAGCCUGUUGUAGCCCUGUUCUGUCGCCUUUAUUAGACACAUCCUCGCUUAUUUGAUGAAGCUUCUUUUCAUGUAGGUCAAGGUGAUGAAGAGCCAGCUUUUGUCUUUUGAGGGCGCCGCGCGAAUGUAGGGCUACAGGAAAGCCAAGCAAACAAAAGGCAUCCAACCCCCCUCCUCUGACGCACCUGCUGCCCUGUCGCCACUUGACAUGACAGCGCAGAGCCGGGAGCAGAGCAGCAGGAUCAAGGGGCACCGACGUGCAGCCGGGCGUGUGGACUUGACAAGAAAUAGAGGAGCCUCCGGACGCACGGCGGAGAAGCAGCAGCAGCCCAGGGGAGGUCGGAUUGCAGUUUCUGGGGACAAGCGCCAAGGGCAGUGCGGCAGUAAGCAGGCAGACCGGGGGGAGGAGGCUGCGGAGAUCUGUGAUACUUCCCCCCCAGGCCCCACUGCGCGCUCACCCCCAUAUCAUCCUGAAAAUAUGACGGUGGACGCUUUUAUGUUUGAUCAAUGGUGACUGUAAAACUUCCCAUCACUUUCUGUCCUUUUUUUCCCCUCCCCAACCAAUCAGUGAUGAUGGGCAAUUAAAAGAUUAGAUCUGCUCUUCAGGCAAGGGUGGACCCCGGAGGGGACUGAUGUGCAUACUGGCCAGGUAUCAUUUGCUCCCUUCUUCUCUGGUUUUGCUCAUUUUGCUUGUCGCCUGCACUAUGGGCUGUAUUCAGAGCAUCGCAUGCAAGCCCCGCAUCAGACGGGAGAACAUUGUGGUGUACGAGGUGUCAGCCUCUAUUGACCAGUGUCCUACCAUCAUUGAGGAGAACUCACCGAUUGUGCUCCGUUACAAGACGCCUUACUUUAGGGCCUCAGCAGGUGUUGUGAUGCCACCAGUGCCCCGCAAUGAAACCUGGGUGGUGGGCUGGAUCCAGGCUUGUACCCAGAUGGAGUUCUACAACACCUAUGGUGAUAUUGGCAUGUCCAGCUGGGAGUUACCGGAGCUGCGAGAGGGCCGGGUCAAGGCCAUCAGCGACUCAGAUGGCGUCAGCUACCCCUGGUACGGCAACACCACCGAGACAGUCACACUGACCGGACCUACGUCCAAACCGUCCCGUCUGACGGUCAGCAUGAAUGACAACUUCUACCCCAGCGUGACAUGGGCAGUACCCAUCAGCAACAGCAACACGCCCAUGCUGACCCACAUCACCAGGGACCAGAGCUUCAUCACCUGGCUGGUAGCCAUGAACUCCGUCACCAAGGAGCGCAUCGUGUUGCAGACGGUGCGGUGGCGGAUGCGGGUGGACAUUGCUGUGGACCCUGACAUGCCUCUGGGCUCUCGGGCCUCGUUGGUGGGUCGUCCCUACCAGGAGCAACCACACAUCCUCAACUACCAAGAGCCCAUCCCUCCCAACGCGCUGGGGAGGCCGAAUGCCAACGACGCCCAAGUGCUAAUGUGGAGGCCACGGAGAGGGGCGCCACUAGUGGUCAUACCGCCAAAAUAAGAGGGUCAAAUGGUUGCACAGACAAAAGUAUAAUUUUUCCCUCUUGCAGAAAAGGGGAUAUGAAGGUGAUGAAGUCAUGAAGCCUAUCAGAGAAGAGAGAACUGAUGGUUUCCCUCCGCUCAAGAUGCCAGUGGCUCAUUAUCCCUGAAAGAUUUAAGUUGACCAGUAUAACAAGCCAGAGUGGAUAUUACAUCUGGGAUCUGACACAGCACGGUGUCAGAAUGGAAGUCUACAACAAACUAGUGUCAAGGGCCCGGGUUGCAUCAAGGCUUUUUUGGCCACCACGUUUUGGACUGCAUUAAAGAGUUCUGCCUGCUUUUAGCGAAGAAGGAACGCUGUUUUUAGAUGUACCACAGAGGUAUUAGAUCACAACGAGAACUGCAUCCUGCAUCCUUAUGUAGAUCUUAUUGCAUGAGAGAGUGAGAGAGACACAAGAAAAAACUGUCCUUGAGAAGUUUAAAGUUAGCAUUUGUUUCGUAUAACUUGAUACCUGAAGACAUUUUGAUUGAAAAGUCAGCCAAAAGAAUCCCUGCGGGCUGGUUAAACCUCGAUAGUGCCAACAAAGGCCUUCAGCACACUCAGUACCAGAGUUAAAGGAUGUAUUCAAGAAUUUAAAAGAGGCAAAGUAUUAUAUGAAUCUUUUUAAGUUAAGAUAAACUCAUGCAUCAAUCAGAUUGUAUUAAGAGCACCCACCUUGCAUAAAAGUCUGGAAGAAAAACUGUUGUUUUUUCACUGGAGUUUUGCUAAUACACCAAACUUUUUUUCUUUUAUUUUCAACUCCCUCGCCUUUGUCGUGCAGCAGGUUUUUUAUUAAGAUGGGUGACAAACUAUUAGAGAAAGGAGUUGGAUCUGUUAAUACAUUAAAUAAAUAAUGUCAGCUAUGCUUUCAAUAAGUGUAAUGACUUGGAAAAGUGCCAUACAUCACAUUUAAAACAAGAGGGUGACAGUUGGAAUGGGGCCAAAUUGUACUCAGACCUACGGUAGAUUUGAUGUGGCACUAAUCAGGCCAUGUUGCACUACCAAGUUACAUAAAUCUUCCUACAAUCAGGGAAUCCUAAAUCUACUCUUAAUAGUUUCCUUGGUGAGGAAUUAAACCAGACUGCAUUUUUAAAAUGAUUGAGUUGAAUUAGUGCCAUUAUUUAACACUGGAUGUACUGUAUAUCACAGCUUCUCCUCAUAUCGUUAACAUAUAUUAUUUUGCAGUAGGCUUCUGCAGAUAAUCACAGAUGAAGGUUUCCUGUGUCAUGGCUAUGGUCUGUCCUGUGGCUCAUCCUGGGCUCACUCCAAGACCCUGCCUGCCACUUCACACAGGACUCACGACUCAUCCUCCAUCUGUGCUUCUCUCCAGGUUCACACCUCACCUUCCCAAUCUGCCUGCUCAUUUUCUCCCCCUGUCUGUCCACAUCAUCACACACACUAUCUCUAUUCAUAUACACUCAUCUGCUCUGAAAUCCACAACUAUGCAAAGAUUAUCUGUGACUGUAAACAAAACCAGAAGGAGAAAAACUGGCAUAAUAGGAAAGAUGUGUAUUUUUGCUCGCCUCGAUCUCUUUUAUUUGUCAGGGUCAUUGUUAAAUAAAAGUGGCUAUUGUAAAUGUAAAGUACUCAAAGAGGUUAAAAUAGGUUAUAUUAA